AAUGUGGCCAUGCUUUCCCACGUUUGGGACGCUGAACUCUUGCAGUGCAUUCCUCUCCACAUCUGCUCAGAAGCAAGUCCCAUUCAGUUUAAUGGGACUUACUUCCAGGUAAGUGUCUGUAGCGUUGCAGCCUCCUGUCUCUUAUUGCAUGUCGCACUGCUUCUUUGAGGGUUUAGAAAGUUUUGUAUCUCUCACUUUUAACCUCCACUUCAUAGUAAAUGAAAGGUGUAGAAUGUGACAGUAUAAUUUUGGGCUGUACAGCUUGGGUCCCCAUGUAAAAAAAUUAUGCUCCCUGUAGUAAUUUAACAUAUCAGAUGUAGAUAUAGUUAGAAUCUAGCCUUUCUGUUGUUCUAGUUUACAGAUGUUCCAGUAUAGUAUCAGAAUGAAACUUUAUAUAUGGAGAGCAUUCAGAAAUAGAACCUCAUCCUACCUGCAGCAUGAAGUGAUAUUGUCAAGAACUUGAGUUUAAUAUAUUAUUUAAUAUUUGGCAAAGGUUAUCUUAAUGUUGCAACCUGUACUGUUGUCUGGCAGAAUACUAGUCAUGUAAUUCUUGGGAAGACUGGAUGAUCUGUGAUUGUUCAGCUUCCUUCAAAGCUUGAUUUCUGUUUUGUAUUGUAAGUGCUAGUUCUAGUGAUCUGAGCAUCAUUUCACCAGGUUAAUAAGGAAAUGUAGACAUGGUUUGUGUUUAAAUUAAGGCUUAUGUCUCCCCUCUCCCCAUGUCCCUCCAGUAAUGUAUAGCUGUGGGAAAUAUGAUAUUAUAUAAUUGCCUUAAUGUUCACCUUCCUUUUGUUUCACUUGGCUUUAACCUGCAGCAGGAGAAAUACUAAUUUUCUUACUUCAUACCAUGUAUUCUUCAUUUAGGGAAACGUGUUGGGAGAUGUGGGUUGACAGCACCAAAGCAGUACCUUACAACAUGUUGUUUGGGCCUAAGUUUUUAUUUAUGUAUAAGAACUGUGGGCUGCCUUACUAAUGAUAAAACUAGAAACUGACUCUGUUCCCCAUUAUAUGAUUAAGUUGCAGGUACCUGGAGAAAUUGUUGCCCAGUCUGUAAAUACAGCAAUGUCAUGGCCUGGUGGCAUGUUGUUGUUUUUAAACAUGAUCUUAAUUUAAAGUAUCUCUCAGCAUUUCAUACCACAAAUUAAUAAGCAGAAAGAUGAUGGAAAAAUGUGUUAGUGGCAGCUUUCUUGUGAGAAUUGAUUUAGUUGGUGGUUUCUUCAUUUCAUAAAACCUGCAUGGAGCUUUCUGCUAUAUGAAGUCAGAAACCUCAUGAUGAGUCCCAGGUAAAUAAAUUUAAGGUGUAUUAAAAUAUUAUUUCAUUGCAAUAUUGUUUUAUUUUGUUUUUGGACUUCAGGCUGCUUCACAUUACUUCUCAUUCUGCCAUUUAUUUGGUGACCCAAGUUUUGAAAACUUCUGUAGGUUUUAAGAUGGAAUGUAUUAUUGAGACACAUUAUCAAGAAUUGUAAAUCAUGCAUUAAUCUCUUGAAUCCUGUUUCAUGGCAAUUUAAGCCUCAACCCUGGGUGUCUCUCGCCUGUCAUUUUUAAAAUCAGUAGAGCUGGCACAUACUUCACCCUUUUUUGGUAUGUAUGAGCUUAGUGAUGAGAGCCUGUAUUGUGAAGAUGUGGCAAGGAGGAAAUCAGUUUUGUGCUCAUAGCUUAUUUCAUGUUUUUUAAGGUCAGGAAUGGGUAACAUAGCAGCCCAUGGAGCUGUAUUUUUAUUGCCUCCUGCAUGGACCUUCAUUGUGAUUUGUGAAGUCCUCUCAGGCCUGCACUGUGUUCUUCCCAGCCCACAGUAAUCAGCAUACUGGUGCUACAAACCUUUUUACUCUCGCCCAUUUCACAUGAAGCAUGAUGCAACAGAAUUUUGGUAUCUCUGCAAUACAUUAAGUAGGUGGAGAAAGUCUUCAAAUGUUGGAAAUCCACAGUGGACAUACCUAAUUUGACUCCUUUGGCCCAGCUAAGUGAGAGUUAGUAGGGAAGUGAGCUGAUGGGCUGAAGAAGCUGCCAACUUUUACAUUAGAUAUUGCAUUAUCCUUUUGUUGAGGAUGUUGCUGAACAAUGGCUUGCUGAUGAUGCAGCUAUGGAAAAUUGCAGAGCACCUACUGUUCCUCACAAGUGACCCAACAUUCAGGUUUUUUGUUGUUUGUUUCUACAUGUGAGUCAGAACUUAUACUCCUUUUUCCUGGAAUGUAACGUAUCUCUAGCUAGGGGCAGUUGUGAAGGUCUGCCUAUAAUUGGCAGUUUCUUAUUGAAACUGUUGACUGUGUUUCAUGUACCACUAAAGGCAGAGGAACCCAAAUCUGUGGCCUUUGUUUCCUGCAGAGGGAAGAAUACCAUGGGUCACCAAAUACCUUCAUUCCAGUGGUGACAAAUGAGGGCAUUAUGUAAGACCACUAUUUUUAACGUACUGUUAAUACCAUUAUAUGACCCCAAAUCCUGCUCACCAUGGAGUAAUAUCUUUAAAAUGACCAAGAAAAUAUUCUAAGCAAACGCCAAAUGCAUACAUGCAACUUCUUCCAGAAAAAUGUUUAGCUUCUCUGUGAGAAAACAAGCACAUUUUACUAAUUUCUAACCAUGUUAAAUACAAGUAGUUUACUUAUACAUACAUACAGGCCCACGUAAUUUAUUGUAGUCUCUUUACACCCACACUCAACCCAGUAGGCAUUACCCAAGAGGCUGCCUGGGGUGGCAAAAUACUAAGAAUGCCAGAGGAGUCUGAAAAUCACAAACCAAAAAAAUGAUCUGUGGUCUAAACCACUGAGCCUCUUCAGUUUGCCGAUCAGGUCGGCGAUUUGAAUCCACUCUAUGGGGUGAGCUCCCAUUGCCCUAUCCCAGCUUCUGCCAACCUAGCAGUUUAAAAGCAUACCAGUGCAAGUAGAUAAAUAGGUACUGCUGCGGCAGGAAGGUAAACGGCAUUUUCAUGCCCUCUGGUUUCCGUCACAGUGUUCCAUUGCACCGGAAGCAGUUUAGUCAUGCUGGCCACAUGACCUGGAAAGCUGUCUAUGGAUAAAUGCCAGCUCCCUUGGCCUGAAACGAGAUGAGCGCCGCCACCACCCCAUAGUCACCUUUGACUGGACUCAACUGUCCAGGGGUCCUUUACUUUUAACUUUUACCUUUAUUUGGGACAACAACAAAAAUGAUAUAUGCAGUGUUAUGACCAGAACAUCCAGUAGUGGCUUUGGUUCCUGAUUCAGAGGGAGAGGAGUUAAUGGAAUUGAUUAAACCAGAAGCAUAGCCUUAAUAGACUCUGGUUCUGUGCCCUGACACAAAACUGAGGCUGAGUCCAACCACCAGAGUCCCUCUAAAUAUAAUACCUCACAGUGCUAUUUUUCUAGGGAAAAGGGUGCUGGAACUCACCAUGAAUGCUUCCCUUGUUCUCUUAUAAUGGCAAUGAUGCCCACCUGAGAGGUGUGUAGACUGAGUUCCAGCUGAAAAAAAAGCCCUGGGACCACAGAACCAGGAACCCUUCAGUAACUGCAGCCUCUGUGCUGGAGCUCACAAAGGGACCAGCAUCUUCACACACACACCCCAAAGACCUCAGAUGCCACCGAGUCUGUGCACAAUUUCAGGCAACAGGUCCAAUGAGAGUUAACAGGGACUGAGUGGCAGGCUUAAGUCCUGAGGGCUGCUGCUUCUAAGGAUCUCCAUUCUCCAGUAGAAUCUGGAAGGGCAAUGCAGGCUGAAGGACUAUGUAAGAGCUUGGUUAGCCAAGUGACACUGACACAAAACCCCACACAUACGCUAAGCAGAAGAAUUGCAGACUUCUGGCUGUCAACAUAUUGUACUGGAGACCCAGCUGUCCCAAUGUUUUCAGUAACUGCUCUGUGGGUCUCAUGAUCUUGUUGGUGUUGUUCUUCCCAGGUCCCUUGGGUUUUAAAUUCUGGAGUUUGUUCCCAAAACAUGUAGUGAUGACCACUAACUUGAAUGGCUUGGGGAAAAAAGAGACAUGUUUAUGAAGGGCAAGGCUAUAAAUGGCUACUAGCCAUGAUGGGGACGUUCUACCUCCACUCUUAGAGUGUGCAUUUGAAUUCCAGUUGCUGGAAACCACAGCAGCAGAGAGUAUUGCUGUACUCAGGUCCCAGUUGUGUGUUACUAAUCAACAUCUGGUUGGCCACUGUUAUGCUGGACUGGACAGACCUUUGCCCUGAUCCAUCUGGGAUCUUCUUAUCUCCCUGUAGAAGUGGCUAGAUAAAAACCUAAUAUAUACAAGAUUUUGAAAAUCUUCAUAGGGGAAUCUAGAUAUCUCAGCAUUCUUUUACUUUUUAAAGCACUGCUUUCUAACCCAAUGACUGCAGAUAAAAAAACAAUGUGACAUCUACUGUGUUUUUGCUGGGUAGGAAUCGUUUUUGCUGAUGGCAUAGGAUGAGACUAAGUCUGGAUAAGGAUUCCAGCAAUCUAGGAGAGGUAAAUGGCAGAGGUGCCCAACUACUGCCUCUGGGAAACAAAGCACUUGGUGCAGUCAUAGGACUCCAUUUCCCACAGUCACAAUGGCAAUGCCAUUUACACACCAGAAAUUGGAUUGUAGCACAAACAUGAUCAUAGCUUCAUAACCAUUACUAUCACUCAGUACUUUUCCAGCUGAGCUUUUUUAAAGAAACAUCUUAAGUAUUCCUUCUGCUUAUGCAUCUAUGCAAAGUGUAUUACAUGCACAAAUCAAGCAUGCUAUGUAAAUUAGCCCAAGAUGCAUAAUUUCUGUUGCCAAGUUAGGGCAAGCGAGUGCAUGCAAAACUUAACCUCCUCAACUAGAGGGUGCCACAUUUGGCAGGGUAGGUUUCUUAAGCAUAAUUUAGUAUCCUGUCUUCAGCCAGAGUCUAUUGUCAGGUGUGGUGAGAUGUGUUAGAAAUGCUAAGAAUCAGAACCAUGGAGAGCUUCCAGUAGAGCUUCCUAAUGAGGAUGAAUCUUGGACUCAUUGUGAAGAUGGGAGUGUUGCUCUAGCACUGGCCAGUAACUGAGGGUAAGGCCUGUGUGAAGCCCUGCCUCCUUGGAUGGAAUCUGCUUGGAGUUAAAGAGAUUGUGUCCUGUCAUACAGUUGUGCACUCCUGUUUGGUUGGAGAAUCUCUUCUGGUCCCAGAAGUUGAAAAGAAGAGUCAUUGUGAACUGCUGGUAGUUCAGGUGUGGGGAGUCAUCUGAAGAAGGGGCAGAGCUGCCUUCUUUGGAACCAGGGGAUGGAGGCCUAUCUGUUAGGGUUCCUCCUCUGCAGAAGCUUCUGUUGGAAAGUGCCUAAUGGAGCACUUUCGGGGCCUAAUCAUCCAGGUCAGAGUUCUCAUUUGACUCUGAGGUGGGUCAGAAUCCCAGACCAUGACAAGGACUUCCACGCACAUACACACAUUUUGAAGAAAAUUUCUAUAACCUAUUUUUGCCCCAACAGAGACUCCUAACUCAGGAUCCUGAGAUCCCUGGGUCUGAUCACUCUACUUUCUGUAACAGCUUGAGCCUGAUUGCCUGUUUCCUCUCCAGUAAACAACGUGUUUGGCAUGAUACGUCCUAAGAUGCUGUAGUACCAGUAAAACAGAUGCAUGUCUCCCUUUCUCCCCAUUCCCCCAGGAUGAUUGAGUGCUGACUUGGUACAGGAAGAAGCAGAGUAACCCUUGAGUAAUUUGCUGAUUCAAAAAUGGUUGUUCCCUGUGUGCUUUUUGAGCCAGCCACCAUGUCCCAGGUGAAGAGGGCCUUGCAGCAUCCUUUGAUGUGGUUAGGAACAGGGCAGCCUUGAGACAGGGCAUGGGGUGGAAAGGUUUCUCUGUUCAAGCAAGGAAAGCUUGCCUGUCCAAGCCUGUCCCACUGUGAUCUUGCCUUGUCAUAAAUUAACCACACACACAAUUAAAGAGCCUGUCUCGGCUCCAGGAGCUGCAGAUGUAUUUCAUCCCGGGAGAGAGAAACGGAGAGAGCGAGAGAGAGAGAGAGAGAGAGAGAGAGAGAGAGAGAGAGAGAGGCACUGCUGUGUGAGGGCUAUAAAGCAUCUGAGAGCAGAACUUGGGCUCCUAGCAGAGGGGCUUGUGGCUGUUUGUCAGCACAAGGCAGGGGACGUGGUGUCGGAUGGGAGGUGGGGGAGAAGAGAGCAGUGAGGUGUGAAACAGUGUGUUUUUGAGCAAGGGAGAGAAGAGGGCAAGAAUUCUGUGCACGAUUGUGUCUAGGAGGAGUGUUUGUUUGUGUGUAUGGUAGCAUUAGUAGCUGCUGAACAUGGCAAUUGCGUAGACCACUUCAUUGUGUGGGUUGCUCCUUUAGCAUUGACAAUGUAAUCACACCAUUCUCCAGACAUUUUUUAGGAUCACCUAAUGGCUCAUGUGGCAUGGAAGCUGACAUUCCACGCAGUGUGAGAGAUCCAGUAGCAAGCUGGUGGACACUUUGUGGCUGCCAUGUGGCACAGCUACAAGGCAGAAGGUGUUUCAUGCUGCUUCCACAUGAAUAGCAGCUGUGGGCAGCUGGAUCUGUCUGGCGGGCCAUGUUUGAUAGAUGGGCAGAGCCGCCCACCUGUCAGUCACCAGAUGUCACAAUGAAAUCAAAUUAUGCAGACAAAGGAGCAGACUGCAAAGUGUUGAUGAUCAGCUCAUCAUUGGGUGUUGCAAAAUGGUGUGCACAGUGCUUUGCAGGUGCUGCCCAUCACCUGACAGGCAAUGCCUGCAAACUGUCUUUGGGCUCAGCUGCAUCUUUACCUGCCCACCACCACCACCCCAGUGCCAUAUGUUGUCAGGCAGAUGGGAGAGGCUUGGUUGAUAUGGCCUUGUGAGCCAAAUAGGGAGGCCUGCCAUGUUAACCAGGUCCAGGAGGAGCCAGAGGAUCCUGACAAGAGCGAGCAGCAGUAAAUUACACCAAGCGAGUUAACGCUUUAUUAGCAAAACAAGAUCUACACAGGAGUGUCAGGCCUAAUGAGCACAGCAACUCAUCUCCAUCAGGUCUUGCUCCUUGAAGCAGUUGCCAAGACUAAAGGUUCCCGCCUCCCCACAGUCACCUAAGUCCCCUCCUCUCCAGGGUUUCUUCCAAGCAAUCAGAGACUAUGCCUAUGUGCUUGGCCUCUCCUGGUUCUGGGAGACUAAGGAGGAGGGUAUGUUGUCAUAGCAGGAGAGAGAGAGACACUCAUGCCUCUUCACAAGCCUAACCCAUCUCUGCCUCCCUCCUCCUCUUCAGCUUCUGAUUCUGGGCUUCUCUCUGCCACAGACUCUCCCUGCUCACUAAGCACUGUUACCUCUUCAGCUCCCAACACCACCUCUUCCCAGUCUUCUCCCUUUUUUCCUUCUGAUCACUCAUUGUUGUCCCACUACAAAUACCCAGGUCCUGAGCCUUCUUUCCUUGGGGAUUCCCCAGCUGGUUCCUCCCAUCAUUCUUCUGCAUCCAACCAGUCCCUGACUGGUCCCUACUGCUGCCAUAGCUUGCAACUCUGAAAUCAGUGAAGUGAUAUUGUGGCCAUGUGUGUACCUGUGCCAACCAGAACCCGGUAUGUUUGGGUGGGGGACCACCUAUGCUCCAAAUGAUGGACAGUUUUACUUAUCCUUUCUUCUCUAUCCCUGAGAGAGGUCAAGUGGAAGUAUGUAGGGGACAUCUCUACAAGCUUUAACCAUCCUGUGUUGGCCAUUCCUUUCCACCUGCCAUGUCAGAUUUCCUGCUAUGGAUCUAAGGCAUUGUUGGAGGCUGCUUUCCGUUGAGGGUUGCACAUCCUUAUGGAUAAUCUUCCAGCCAGGCAAAAGCACUUGAGAAAGGAGCAGGGCUGGUGAGUUAUGUGACCUGGGGGGUGGGUAGGGGCCUAGGUAGAGUCCUGAGGGCUGGCUAGAGCCCUGGAAGCCCUCAUUUGUUCCCCAGUCCUGGGGUUCUGCACCCUUGAUGUAGGAGACAGUUACACCAGCAUAUUUCUCAGUAUAGUAGCAGACGCUGGAGAAAUUAAGGGAGGCUCUUCAUCAUUAACCCCUCAGCCAUGUGCAGGACUUAGUAACAUUGUAAAUAUUAUGGAGGUGGGGGGAUAGACCAUGAAGAAGGGCAUUGCUUAUAAUAUAAUGCUGUGUUAAGUGCUGUGUGGAACCUCUGUUUUAAUUCUACUUCCAAUGAAUUACAGAAAAGCAAUGCCUCAGCAGUGCUAAAGGGCUCUGGCAUGGAAGCAACUGUAGGUAGUUGCCUGUCCAUUUGUAAGACGUCCCCCCCCCCCACUUUUGACUCAGUAUCUGGCAAACUGAUCCAAGCAGGUAUGCUUCACUUGUUGCUUGUACACUGUCUUGGGGGAAAAAACCCACAUCCUUUUCAGGUGUGGUUUUCAGGUCCAUUUCAGGUGUGAUAGUUGUGGGAAUUACGGUAGACUUGUGUUCCCAUUUGUGGGGUAAUCAGAAGGCAGCCCUGGGUCGUUUGACCCUUUCAUUCUCUCCCCUCCCCUAUAAAAACUACACAAGGCACUCUCUUUUAAAGUUUAAAGAACAAAUAACUUUUACUUAGUGUACUUGUCAUUGCUGGCUAAAUAUAUACAAUGCAGGUAGAUGAUACUUAAGUUGCUGAAACAUCUUAGGUAGAUUUUUAUCUAAGACUGACUAACAUUUACAGGCUGACAUACUCUGAGGCAGACAGCAGUACAACACAACAUAACU